GUUAUUCAGCACCAUAUCAUAUCGGUAUCUAUCAACAUUUGAAUAAAAUUUAUGAUAACAGUCAUCCAUUUCUUAGAUUUACACUUUUAUAUGGCGCUAAAAUACCAAAAUGUAGCCAUAUUAAUAGUGAUAAUGGUGGUCUGUAGUGGAGCGCAUCGAAUGAAGCGUUUGUCUUCGCCCGAAUUUUUUGGGGAAGACACCCUCGAGAUGGGCAAGUACGUGGUCUCCAUCAGAUCGAGAACACCGAACAAGUAUUUUGGCGACAAUCACUAUUGUGGCGGUGGUCUAUUAUCUCCACACUGGGUGAUAACAGCCGCCCACUGUGUCAUGGGCCAAGCCAAGAUUAUGUACAAGGCUCGCUGGCUACUGGUGGUGGCCGGAUCACCAAGUCGACUUCGAAAUGUACCAGGCAAAACGAUCUGCACGCCAGUGGAAAAGGUUUACGUUCCAAAGAAUUUUACCAUGUACAACACCUGGAAUAUGGCGCUAAUGAAACUUCAGGUGAAAAUGCCCUUGAAGCACCCUAGAAUAGGAUUUCUUCAUCUGCCGAAUGCAGCACCUCAAAUUGGCGUAAAUUAUUCUGUUCUCGGCUGGGGAAGAUUGUAUGCGGGUGGACCUUUGGCAGUGAGAAUUUAUCAGUUGGAUGUAGCUCUUCUGGAUAACGAUGUGUGUAAGACGCAUUUCCGCCACUACAGGGUUGGAAUGAUGUGUGCUGGAAAGCUCAAUUGGACAAUGGACGCUGACCCCUGCAGCGGCGACAUCGGAUCCCCUUUGAUAAACGGCAGGGUGCUUGUCGGCAUAGUUGCCUAUCCCAUUGGCUGCGGCUGCCGUCAUAUUCCGUCCGUCUAUACGGACGUGUACAGCAAUAUAAAGUGGAUCAGAACUACGGCCUUUGGCCUUUCCAGCACCCAUAGACCUGCGCCAUUCAUGGUGUUCCUAUUGUUUUUCCUAGCUCAAGUCAGUUGGAAUGGCCACAGAAUUCUAAAUUUUUUGUUUAACGUAUUGAAAAAUUCUAGAAACGUGAAGAAUUUGUAAUAUUGAGUCGAAAUACUUUGAAUUU